CAGAUAGAGUCACUCCCCCUCAGUAACUCUGGUCCUGUUGGGCUCCUAAAGUCCUCUAAAAGCUUCUGUUGACGCAUUAACGGGACCUAACCACCACUAUAUGCACGGAUUUAUGAAUGCACACUGAGUGUGUGCAGUCUGUUUGAAAAACUGAAUAUUUUAUAUUUAGUUGCUGUGAACUCAUCACCUUCAAGUCGUGAAAGGUCCAGAAUGGACGAAGCAGAGAAGUACCAACAAAGGCUGCAAGCCAUAGCGGAGAGGCGUCAGCAGCAGGAAGAAGAGCAGAGGCUGACGAGGGAGACGGAGGAGGAGUGGUUGAAGACAGCCCAGGAAAAGAGGAAGUGCCUGAGGGAGCAGUGGCUCAGUGAAAGCGCUCCGGCUCCCGACAGCUUCAGACUCGGACCACGACCAGACGACCAGGCAACAACGGAACAAACCAAAAGUCAAAAGAGGCCCGAGGACAAGGACGAGGAGGCAGCUGAUGCCAGGAAACAGGAACAAGCCUCCCGAAAACAAAAUAAAGAAUCUGUCAACUGCACUGCUGCAGCCAGAACAAACAGCCACUAUCAGGCCGCCACCGACCAGGACGUACAAGUGAAUAAAGAGGCUGAAGAUCACUUCUCCAUAGAAAUGGCUCAGAGGAUGUUUCAUGAGAGCGGGCAAGAAGGCCGAUCAGUGCUGGGGAUGUUGGCGGUGCAGGUGGAGAGAGACCCUCAGACCGGGACCACGGUGGUCCGGUCGGUGGCGCCCAUGUCGGCUCCGCCCGCCGCUCCGACAGCGACCACCAUCUUUGACGACGGCAGGAAGAGUAUCCACGCCAUCGGCGGAUCGGGCAGCGAACCCUCCACUGAAGAGCUGGGCCAGAUCUUGAGCAUUGUGGACGGGGUCGGCAUGAGAGUCCUGCUGGAGGAGGUCACGGUCACUCCGACCAGAGCUGAGACCAAGAUAGAAGACGCCAUCAGGGCUCCAGAGGGAAAGACCCUCUCUCUUUCUACCCAUCAGGAGACACCAGAGGAGGACCACAGGCAGCUGGACUCCAGAGGCCUGGACUCUGGAGUCCAGCUGGACUCUGGAGCCCAGCUGGAGAUAGAGGACUGUGCUGCUGUUAAAGACGAGCACAGAAGCAUGGUGGCAGCCGGAGACGUGGCGGGAGAAGUCGGUAACGUGGAGGAUCUGAGUCUGGAGGAAGGCCCGGUCACGCUGGUGUUCCUGGGAUACACUGACGGAGAGCAGGCUCAGAGCCAAGAGGGCCCUGAAGGCAUCACGGUGGAGAGAGUGAUGAUCAGCGAGGACGGGGAAGAGCUCGUCUUAGGACCCCAAACAGCUGCUCCGCCUCAGGCGGGGAGCGAGCCCCAAACCUUCCAGGACGUCCCCCUGGAUGGAAACGGGGCCGGAGUUAAAGUCCAGGAGGAGGAACGUGAGAAGGAGCAUCAUUCAUCUGCUCCCACUAACGCAGAGGCAGGAGGCACCAAGCGCAAGACCUGCCAGUGCUGCUCUGUCAUGUAAGAAAAUGUUCCCUGAUAGUAGCAUUUGUAAUAUUUGUGCCUUCCAUUAGGCCAGGGAUGGGCAACUGGAGGCCCGGGGGCCGCAUACGGCCCGCUCCAUCACCUGAAGUGGCCCUCAGUACAACUACAUUAGAACAUUAAAUCUUAAAAGUUCAGUGUAAAAAUGCACAAAAUUACUUUACUUAAAAUUAAUGUUGGUCUGCUGUUGUUGCACUGAUAAAAAAGAAAUCACAGUAAGCGGUUAUUUUUUAUUUGCUUCAAACCUUUUGUAUUCCUAUUUAUACUGUUAAACAUGCAUUAGAGCAUGAAAUAUGUUAAGUUACUGCACUGUUAACAUAUUAAAAUGUCAGUUUCAUCAUAUCUGGUUAGUGAUGCUCCUAUAUGAGGCCCUGUGGUGGUGAACAUGAAACACUGAGGCCCUGCAGCAUUAAGCUGCCCAUCGCUGCAUCAGGCACUAAUGCUGCCUAAAUGACUAAAUGACUGAGAGAACUAAUUAACCUGCUGUGGUCUCAUCACUUCACUGCAUUUGAGAGAAAAAAGAGACAUUUUUCAUGUUGUAGGUCACUUAUUGCAGCUGCACUACAAAGUCUAACUGCAGUAACUACACAAAAGGUAAAACUGCUUUAAAGUUGUUGUUGUUGUUGUUUUUUUAUGUUCUUUUUUUAAAAUAAUUUUUAUUAACAAAUAAACAAAAAAGAACAGUGGAUUACUUAUUAGCAGCCACAAUAUAUAAACAAGACACUAAAACACAAUUCCAGACAACAAAGACUCAGAAACAUAUUUACAAAUAAGACAUAAUGUAAACACAAAUAACAUACAAAGAAUAAUAUAAAGGACAACAACAACAACAGCAAUGAAAACAACGAUACACCAGUACAAAGCCACGCGGCGAAAACAGACAAAAAAAACAUGAAACUUAAUGGAUAUGACACUCAUUUCUGCAUUUAUUAAUGAUGUAAUUUUAAUACUCAAAAAUCAUGACAAAUAUUUGACCUUUGACCCCCCAAACGUAGUUACUGCACUCUGGUUUUGCUGUAAAAGGUUCCAAUAGUAUUAGGAAACACUGGAGUAACUAUAACGUUGUUGUCUUCUUUCAGCUUUUAUAUUUUAUUUUCAUUAAAUUAACAUUUUCAAAUUGAUUUUGUCAUCAGUGUUUAACAACUUUACUCAAAGAUUUGUGUAUUUUAGACUUAAUAUUAUAAAGAAAUGUUAUAUUUUUAGUCUUAUUACAAUUUUUUAUCCCACUUUUUUACUUCAUCACUAUCUAGAUUAUAAUUUCCCUUUCAAAUAAAUUUAUAAUUUCUAUUAUUUUUAUGUUUAAAUUUGUAUAUAUAUCCAAAGCAGACCAUGGUAAGUGCAAUUACUGCUUGGUUUUGAGUUGGAUUUUGUGUUUUUUAUAUAAAAAAGCAAAAUCUAAAACUUUUUCACAAGAUAAAACAGACAUCAAGGAGUUCAUUUUUAGUUAUAACUCAAUUUAGACCAAAACUGUAUUUACUGCAGUUAGACUGUGUGCCGGGCAGCUUUAGGCUGAGGAACUAUUAAAGUCCACUUCCUCCCUCUGGUGGACAAACAGAGAAUGUCAACAUGUUAUGCAGAUAUUUAAUCUCAAGUGUCUCUGUGCCUUUAGAUCUGUGCCUUAUCAGCCAAACAUAUUCCAUAUGUUCAGCAUUGUUUGCUUGAGGAAUGACAAAAAACUAAGAGCAUAAGAAGUGUAAAUUACAGCUUUGGGCAUCAAUUUUUCUAACAAUAAUCCAGAUGUUUGUCAUUGUGUCUAAUGUUAAAGCAACUACAAGGAGGUUUUAGCUGCGUAUGAAACAUUUUAAUCCUGUUUUCUCUGUGAGACCCUCAGCAGGAUGAUUGGCUUUUUAUUUCUAAUCUAUGUCAUUGGGUCCACUUCAUGAAAUCAGACCUGCAGUAUGUUUACAUGUUCCCAGGGUGGCUCUGAGUACAUUAGCCAAAGGUGAUUAUUCUUUUCAGAAUUUUAUUUUUUUUCACAUUAUAUUUUGUUUUUAUGGCUGACACUGGGGCAGGAUCAGAGAACUUUUUUUUUUUUCUUUUUUAACUAAAAAGGAAGACGUGAACUGUGGUCGCUCAUUGAACAGAUGGAAAGAAUUCAAAAAAUGAUCCUUAGUUGGCCCCUUACUCAUAUGUCUAAUUUAUUUAUGAAAUAUAUUAGAUGGUGUGGUUUUACAUGAAUAUAUGAAUUUAAGUUGGUGGCUAAAACAAAGUUUACUUUGUUUCACUAUCAUCUUAUAACAGUUAUCAAUCUCACAUAGCCACAAACAGAUGCAUAUAUAUAAAUGUAUGCAAUGCAUCCUGCAAACAGCUGUUUGAAAAAGAAAAAUAGUCUUUAAAAUCUGCUGUCUUUCUCCAAACAAAUGCAUGCAUUAGCAAGAUCAAAAUCUUUAUGAUACGAGGUGGGGAUGCUCAUGGAAACAUUACCACUUUUAUCCACAGGAGCCGCCAGAAUCAACAAAAAUUAAAGUGCCUUGUAGCUGCUUUAGUUUGAAAAUGUAAAAAAAAAAAAUGUGACAUUUAUAACAUCCUUAACUUUUGAAGUUGUACUUUCUUACCUGCUACUAAUCAGGGUUGUAGCUUCCAUGUAGAACACAAACAGUGUUUCUGGGAAUGGAGGGUUUUGAUUUCCUGAGGUGGAGUUUUAUAAUAUUUCAUGUUAUUGUAUUUGAUUGUGUUCUCUACAAUAACACGUUUCACAUGUUGACUUUCUGAUGAAGAGUAUGUAUUUUUGUGUCAGAAGUUUUAAACAAACAUGUUAUUUCAACAAACAUGUUAUAGCCCUCAAUGCAGAAACUGCAUUGAGGGCUAUAACAUUUGAAAAAAUAUUACUUAGCAGUGACAGCAAUUAGCUAAAUUGCUUUAAAAUGUGGCGAAAAUCACAUUUUCUAGAUUUGUUUGUGUAGUUUAUCCAAACUUUUCAGUGUAGGUGGUUACACUGAAGGAAUUCCAUCCACAUUUCUAAAAUUAUGUCUAAAAGUCUUCUACAGUACAACUCAUUUUUAUUGUUUCUAUCACUAGAAUUUAGUAUUUGAUUCAUUAAUUUUAAUGGAUGUUUACUGUAUAACGUGAUGAUAAAAAACAUGUAUAAUA